UUUCCAGUCAUUUUUGUUCGUGUGCGAAGUGUUUGUACCAGGUGUGACCCAACUUCACGAGAAAAAAAAAACAACAACAACAACAACCUGCAAGCAACAACAUUCACUCCACGUGUUCCUGUGCGCGCAUUUAGUACAUUUUUUAUGUUUGCAUUGUUCAUUUUUUUUUCUUUACGGCGCGAGUCGUGUAUCCUAGACAACGCUAGCAACUGUUAUAGCGAAGUUUGGAUCAAGUAUUUUUUCCUCCGAGACGUGGAAUAAUCAUGGUAUUUCACCACUUUAACCGUUGGAAAUGCUGUGCGGCAUUUUUGGAACUAUGUUGAGUUGCUUUUAACUACUUUUGGAAUAUUAAACCAUGCGUCGAGAGAAGUGGGACAGCGCGAAACAAUAGGGAGUGCGAGAGAAAGCUCAUCCGGGGAGGUCGAUGCCUCGCGGCGGCUUUGUUCUGUCCUGCGUGGAGGGAGACCUGCCGCCAGCAUCGACUGAUUGAUCAACAAGGAACCAGGCAGAGGCACCAUGGACGGGACUCUUUCCGAGCUGCUGGCAGCGUUUUUGGAGUCGCCACUCGUGUUGUGGGUGCGGACAUUGGGUCCACUGGGGUCAUGUGACAAUGUGGGCUCAGAGGAGCGUGUCAACAUGUUCGUCGAGCUUGUGGAUGGAGUCUUCCUGCACAAGAUUAUGACACAAAUUGACCCCAGCCCAAACAACCAGAGGCUGAACAAGAAUGUGAACAAUGAUGUGUCGCUUCGCCUUCACAACUUGACCCUUCUCACGAGACAUAUAAGGACGUAUUACCAGGAGACGCUUCAGCAGUUAAUAGUGAUGCCUCUUCCGAACAUUCUCUGCAUUGCCAGGGAUCCCUUAUCAGCAAAAAGCAUGGAAGAGCUAAAAAGAAUUUUACUGUUGAUACUUGGCUGUGCUGUCCAGUGUGAGCGAAAGGAGGAGAUGAUCGAAAGGAUCAAACUGCUAGACAUUGAGACCCAGGCGGCCAUCGUCUCUCACAUUCAAGAAGUAACUCACAACCAGCAGAAUGUUCUCGACCUUUCAUGGCUGGAGGAAGGAGCAGGGCUUGCACAGGAAGCACUAGAACCAUUGUCACGCAGCAUGGCUACGUCUCUACAGCAUCUGGUUGAGGAGAGAGAUAAGGCCAGUGAGGUUAUUGUGGAUCUAACCCAGGAGAGGGAUUACUUGUCCAGCUUGUAUCCCCAGGGAAGGCAAGAACAAGUGAACACUGGCGGCGUGGUAGUGAAUAACAAAGGAUCGGCCUCGACUGUGGUUAGCCUUACCAAAGAAGAGAAGCAACAUUUAUCUGUGGAGCUUGCUGAUACGAAGGCCAAGCUUCGUAGAUACAGACAAGAGCUGGAAGAGAAGACUGAGCAAUUGAUGGAUUCCAAACAUGAGCUGGAGCAUCUUGAUCAGGAGCUUCAGAGAGUUAAACAAGAGAACCAGUCACUGUCCUGUGAGGCUCGCUCUGUACGAGUUUAUCGGGAUGAGGUUGACUCCUUAAGGGAGAAAGCGGCCCGGGUUGACCGACUUGAAACUGAAUUGACCCGAUGUAAAGAGAAGCUAAAUGAUGUGCACUUCUACAAGACAAGGGUGGAGGAGCUUCGUGAAGACAACCUGACACUUAUGGAGACAAAGGUGUUGCUGGAGGAACAGCUGUCAGUCUCUAGAGGCCGCUGUGAGAAAGUUCAUGCUAUGGAGAAAGACAACCUGCUACUACGAGCUAAAAUACAUGAUUUGGAAAUGGAGAGGGACAAUGAGCGCCGGCGGCUAGAGGAACUGGUAGAGGAGAACAUGCUCCUGGAGAUUGGACAGAAACAGAGUAUGAACGAAUCGGCUCAUUUGGGAUGGGAAUUGGAACAGCUCACCAAAAACCAAGACAACUCUAACUCAGACACCCGGAAAUCUUUUGUCCAUGAGCUGAAUGAAUGUGUCUCCAGUCGUGUUUUGAAGUUGGAGAAAGAGAAUAGAGAGCUUCAAACCUCUAUUGAGAGACUAAAGGAGGAGAAUCAUCACUUGCAGGAGAAACAGCUACAUAGCCAAGAACUGGACAGGGAGAACCAAGGUCUAAGUAAAAAGUUGGAGCGUCUCCAAGGCUUGUUGGACCAGGAGAAACUGACCAAUCAAGAUAUGGAGUCUCUUGGAGAAGACUUAUUGAAGGAAAAACAAAAUCUGGAACGAGAAAUGCAUGCUCUAAGAGCAGACAAAGACAGAAAGAUUUCAGAAUUGGAGAGUGAGAAGCAACAUCUUUCUGACGCUAUGGCGUCACUUCGCGAGCGUGCUCAGUCUCACAGUGAAACAAGGGUCCGUGAGGUGGAGGCAGAGAAUCGCCUCCUACACCAAGGCAUUAUUGAAACCAGUGCCCGCUUAGCAAGCUUGGAAACUCAACUCAUGCUUUCUAAAGAAGAAGCAGACCGAAUGAGGGAGAAGUCAGGAAGAUGCGAUGAAGUAGAAAUUGAGAUGGCCAGGAUGGAGAGAAGUAGGGAUGCUCUUCAGAGAGAGGUGACAUCUUUGCGUGCAUGCAGUGAGAGCUCCGAGUUUCUCGAGAAACAGGUGUCCUCCCUAGAGCAGGAGGUGCAUCGAUUGAAACGUGAAGCGGAGGAGGCUCAGCAAGGGCUGCAGCAACUCAAGAGACAAGAAGUAGAAAAUAGCCUUUUGACCAAGGAAAACUUGGACCUCCGCUGCUCUGUGGAAAAUCUCCGCUCCUCAUCCUCUUUGCUCACCAAACAACAGGAAGAAUAUAAGGAGUUGCAGAAAGAAUUGCAAGAGCUACAGAGCAGGCUGGAAGAGGUUGGAGUGGAGCUCCAAGGAGAGAGGAAGCGAGCAGAGAGGCUGGAAAUUAAUCUUGCCACACUAAAUCAGGAGAAGCAUAGUUUGGAGGGGGAUACGGAGAAGUUAAGAGAGGAAAAGGAAGAAAUGGAAAGAGAGAAGCAGGAAACCUUGAGUAGGCAGGAAGAGCUGAGGAAGGAAGUAGAAGAUCUUAGGCAGGAGCAGAUGAGGAGAGAGGAAGGUGACAAGGAGAGGAGGAAGAUCCUAUUAGACCUGGAACAGUCUGAGAAGGGAAGGAAGCACCUGGAGAAAGAAUGUUGGAGGAACAAAAUUCUACUAGAAGGUAAAGCGGCAGAGCUGGAAGAGAAAGCUAGCCAGUUGACGGUGGCAGAGAAGGAGUGUAUCGAUUUGAGAAAAGAGGUUAAUAUGCUUAUGGAAGUUGGAGCCAAGGCCAAAGAGUUGGAAAGGGAGAACAAGGAGUUGAACAAACAGGCAACCAUUGACAAAAGAACUUUGGUUACCCUGAGAGAGGAGUUAGUGUCAGAGAAGUUGCGAGUCCAACAGCACAGUGUUGAGUUAGAAAGACUCAAUGAAGAAUUGGAAAAGGUUGGACUGAACAGAGAAAGACUACUACAGCAGGAGCACAUGCUGGAAGACAGCAAGUACAAGCUGCUUGAAUCUCGACUGGAGGAAACCGUCCAGCAGACAAUGAAGAUCAAAGAAGGGAAAAUCUCUAAUCUGGAGAAGAAACUGGAAGAAAGCAACACACUCAAUGCUAAACUAAGCACUGAGCUCGCGACUGCUCUUCAAAAAAUGUCUGGUUUGCAUCAGCAACAGGCGAAAGCAGAAAACCAAAACUCCCAUGGGGGCUCAGAAGGAGAUGGGCGGAGAGGCUCAGCCACCGCUGAGCUUCUCCGAAUUCAAGAUCAUCUCAUUGAGGUAGAAAAGAAUAAUGCCUCACUUCAAACUCAGAGCAGUUUGCUGAAGGAGCAGCUCAAACAACAGGAGAACCAAAACUGUUCACUGAACAACCAGAUGGCGACACUGCAGCGACACACCACAACACUGCAGGAACAGAAUUCAGCUCUGCAUACUCAGACGGCACAACUUCAGGUGGAAAACUCCACUCUGUCUUCCCAGAGUGCGUCUCUCAUGGCUCAGAAUACCGCAUUGCAAGGCCAAGUCACCGCCUUGGAAACUGAGUUGGAGUCAUGGCAAAGACAGCGCAAUGAGGCAUGGCGAGCGAGAGAAAGCGUUCUCAAUGACCAUGAGCGUCUGUUGAGCGUUCACGAGAGGCAAGCGCAUGAGUACGAGCAGUUGAUCAGUCAACACACUGCUCUGAAAGUCAAGCAGAGGACACUAGAGAGUGAACAUAGAACAAUGCACAGCAAGUAUUGCGCUUUGUCACAACAGAAAGAGAAAUGGGAGGAGUUAGAAGGGCGGGGUCAGAAGGAGAGGGAAGAGCUAACCCUGGAACACGAGAAAAAUCGGCUACUGCAACAAGAAAACCUCCAACUCAAGGCUGAAGUUGACAGGAUGUCACACAGCAAAUCCCAACAAUCUGAGCAAUGCAAUAAACUACAGCAGCAGAUGGAUGAACUCAAGAGCUCAUUUAGUACCGCUCAACUGGAAGUAAAUCGUUGGAUGGCGCGAUACGACUCGCUCAUGGAGCAACACCAGGGCCUGGAUAUUACUAUGACCAAACUAGAUAACCACUGUGAGCUAUUAAGUCGCUUGAAAGGGAACCUAGAAGAAGAAAAUCAUCACCUCCUGAGUCAGAUAAACCUUCUGAGUCAACAAAACCACACUCUUCUGGAGAGAAGCAUGGAGAGCAAAGAGCUUUAUCAUCAGGAACAAAAACUCUAUAUUGAUAAACUGAACGCUCUUCGCCGCCAGAAAGAGAAAUUAGAAGAGAAGAUCAUGGACCAAUAUAAGUUCUAUGACCCCACACCAAAAAAGAGGAGUCAGUGGUCUGGCGCCAAAGCUUUAGCCAAACUCAUCAAACCAAGGAAGGAGCGUAGCAGGGAGCGAGGUGGUGAAGGGAUCCAAGAGAAGGACUGGGCAAAGACUGCACCCGACAUCCCCCUGCCUGCCCCUCCACCCUUGCUCCCCCCUGAAACCCCACCUCCAUGUCCUCAGAGAAUAGGAAGUGACUCCCGGGACAACGGCCACACCCAUAGUAAACAUAAUAACCACAGCAACAGCCCUAGUCUGGGCCUCCAGAGUCCAGUAUUGACGCCCAUCAGCCGAGCAGGUCCGACUGACCGAGGACGAGGUGUCUAUCGGUGCAGCACACCAGGAGGCAGCAGUGAGAGUGUCAACGGAGAGGUUGGACAAGGCCUAGCACAGACCCACAAAGCCCUCAGUUCCACCCCAAGCCAUCAAUCAUCAUGCAUCAGCAAUACUCAACUGGUACAAAGCGCCAGCUGCAGGCCCAGAGGUGUGUUCUUCGAUGAAGACACAGAUACUGUAUUUGGUCCACGUGGUCACAUGGGAGGUCGUCCUGGAUCAGCUGAUUUUAGUCAGCACACCUCCAGUUCAAAUUCACCGAUUAACUGCAAAGAUGCAACCGACAGUCACCUCCGGUCGUCGAGCCUGUCCAGUGAUGAUGUAAGGGGUCUCAGCCAAUCGCAGCUAGCCUUGUCACGCAGUGCAACCCUCCCAUAUGAUCACACACCCCAGCGGGCCCAACCACAGCGCGGAGGUGGGAUUAGGAGUAGGGCUCGUCCUUCAUCUCCUGGAAGUGAGAUGGUAACACUGGAGGAGUUUUUGCAAGAAAGCAACCAGAAAUCACCACAAAUGGUUUCAACGGGAAGCAGAGAGGACUUAAUGACAGAAUAUUUCACCAGAAGUCCAGCCUCCACAGCUCCCACCAGCAGAGAUCAAGUCACCCCCACUAGCUACGUUACUCCCACCGUCCAUGCAUCUAACCAGAGGCCAGGCCAAAGUGUUAAGCCAUCUUCCCGGCAGCCUGUCAGCCAAUCCCAAACCUCUGGGCGAUCCCCGACCCAAAGAAUUAACCAGUCGCUGAGCAGAACGUUCAGCCUUGCCUCUGCUGAUUUGCUUCACUCUAAUGGGCCGGACAGUUUUCACGGCAAUGGAGGCCCCCAAAACCAAUCUGAUGUGGUGAUCCGUAGACAAGGAGGAGGAGCUAAUGGAAGAGAAAGACCGCUGUCUGCCCGUUUAGCCAGCUCAACCAAUCAGCAGCGAGAUGGCGGCAUCUUGAACUCACCCAUUCACCAUUCAUCUUCUCUCACGCUACAGACAGAGCGAUAUGUCGAGAGAGAGCGGGAUAGAGGACGGACUCCCGUGACGCAUAACGGCUCCCCGUCAUCUUACCAUCACCGUGGGGAGGUUGCCAUGGUAACCCCUGUGAGGGCUGUGCCUGCUGUUCAGAUGGACGACGCCUUGGAAGACGGACAGGUGUUAAGGGAGGAACACUCAGGUGACCAAAAGAAAGACAAUGAGAGAAUUAGAUGUAAAUCUGUAGAACGCCCAAAAAGCACACCCUCGUCUCCUGAUCCCAACAACGAUCCCCAGACUGUGUGGUAUGAGUACGGUUGUGUCUAAACACAGGUUUUUAGACAUUGAUGAUGAUAGACGUCCAAUCAUGUGGAUCUUUUCAUUACUUUGUCACUGUUAGACGUCCAGUCCGUUUAAACUGUGAGGUCUGGCAGCACACGAACAUUCAUUCAAAGUUGUGCUGUGACCAGUAACUUUAUGAUCAUGAUUAUUGCUGUACAAUAUGACAAUAUAUACAGUAUCGCCAAAACGAUAUAAAAUUUCCUAUCGACAUUUUACAUGUCUAUCGAUAUAAUUGCCUUAAAUAGACCUGUUCCUGCAAUGCAUAUUUUGGUCAACAGAUGGUGCCCAAUUUGUCACCGAUCAUCCUCCACUCAAUAGUUAGCCGUUUAGCUCCUCCUGCCAAUCUUACGUGAGUAAUCCAUACAAGACAAUUGAAAAUAGCAACACAUAUAAUCCACACUAAACACAGACAACAUAAUUCGUUCAAAUAUCAAUAGUAAUUGAUUUAUUAUUAAUGCUAUUAUGCUACUUUAAUAUACAGCAGUCUUUAAAAUCAAAACCAUUUACUAGUAUUAGUAGAUAGAGAUCUUUACAUUUUAUUAAAAAUAUGCUACGGUGGUAGUUCUGCUUACGCUGGAUAAUUUUAGGUUGCAGCAUGACUGCAAGCAAUACGUUUAAUAUUUGCAAGUCAGUUUAAUAUUUUUAAAAUAAAGUGACCAAUUUAAAUUACCAAAUAAUUAAAACUGAAUUAUAUAGUUGCAUAUCGUUAUUGUGAUAUGAAAUAGCCCAUAUCGCACAGCACUAAUCGUGAUCCUGCUUUUACGUUGACCUGGCUACAUGAUAGACAAAGAGCUUGUGCUACUAUACUAAGUGCAAUUAAUUCAACCAGAACCUUGUGAAAUAAUAAACAUAUCAAGUAUAAUCUCAAACAAACACUGGAAGAGGUGACAGAGAAUAGGAAGUGAUGGGACAGCGGGAGAAGGGAUUCGGACAGGCAGUGAGAACAACCGCGAUGCUAAAUUGGCAAGAGGAUUGCUGGGAGGGGCUUGGUGGGGUAAUAUUAGGACAGCAAAAUAAACAGUGGAAAUUAAAAGGAAGGGUUCUCAACAUGCAACACUGAUACUUCACCGAAAGUGAUGUCGCACAUGUCAACACAAGUUUCCCCACUUGGGCUACAGUUCAACCAAAGUAGUGGAGUGGAGGGGGACGGGUUAGCCAACAUCCUAUUUGAAUCUGUCCACCACUCAGAGUUAAAAUUUCUCCUCUUGUGGACCACUGCAGUUGCGAUCAUAAUGCGACCAAUCGACAUUGAACUUCACUGCUUUAAUACUCACACAUUAAUGAAAACAUACAAAUUUUUAGUAUGUUGGUUGAGGUUUUGCCGAACACCGAGUUACAUUGUUGAAUCUUUUCCACAGCCUUGUUGGAGUCCUAUACACUAAGUAUUUGACUAAUUAUUUUCUUGCUAAACAAAAAAGGUGAAGUAUCAAUUUAACGUUUUGCUUCCUUCUACUUACUGUAAUUGUCUUAUUAUGUGCAUCUACCACCACACACAACUUCAGCUUAUAAACUUGGUUUCAUGGGACCAUAACAGAUUCCCGAGCCUAUCAGUGCUGCUGUUUGUCAGUCGAAAUCUGAGGUUCUUGCUUUUUGACGGCAAAGAUGCAUGAAAAACACUAGAAAGAUGAGAAGGAAGAGAUGAUGUUUACACUGGAGUUGUUAAGAUGAUAUGAGGAAGCUUUCUGCUCCCUUGUGGGAUGUCAAGCACAUUUCAAUAUGCAACAAGCUAAAUUAUUGUCACUGUACAUACUGGAAAACCCAGAGAUGGUGGGAGGACUUUGUAAAGUAUGAUUUAUUGUACCAAAAACACAGUUGAGCUGUAAACUUAAACAUGUAAUUCCACUGGACAUAGUAAUAUUUAUGGUUUUCGAUACUUAAAAAAUGUAGAAACGAGAUUAAUUAGUGGAUUAGAUGAUAGGAUAUAACAAUUGUUUGAUGUCAGUUAGGGUCUGUUCAUUUCCCUCUAUUUUUUACUCUGCUUUAUUUCAUCCUUGCUUAAAAAAAGGCUGCACGUUUGUCAACCAGUUUGACUUUGCUGAUGUCAAAAGAAAAUAGAUUAAAUUCCUUCAGGCUGCUUUUAUUCUGCCUGAAAUAACACACACCGUGUCUGGCAUUAUUACUAUUCUGUUGGCUAUGGACAGUGUAUUUGCUUUGCUACCUUUUUUUUUUUUUUUUGUCUGUCCAUCCACAGAGGCAUCUUGCAGCUUCAGGUGAGAGAUGUAUGGUGCUGAUGUCUAAGACAUUUCCUCUUGAAAUUGGAAUAAAUGGUGUAGUUACAGUAUCUAUGUUAUUAAAACACUACUUGACUGCUAGAAUAGUGAAGGCAAUGGCUAUUGUUAUACUGCAGUCUUUUGGCUAUGAAAAAUAAAAACCUUUCAAGCUGAUAAUCGUCUCUGAGCAACAUUAAAUUUUACUAAUGUUUUAUGCAUAUAAAUGCAUUACGAUGCCUGACUGCUAUUUCUUGAAAUUUUCCCAUAUCUGACCUAUCUUCCCUGUUCAUACUGUAUUCUUCCCAUUCCUAGGUGUAUGCCCUCUCCACAUUGUGUCUCCUUGGUAAGAGUUGUUAUAUCAAGCUUGCAACCCUACUUACAUUUGAAGUGGUAGGGCUGGCAGUGAAUGAACAAGAAUCCUUGACUAAGAAUUGACAUUAUUUGUAAUCUACUCCUCCUCCUUGCACAAGCCCGCGCACUUACAUACACGCGCACACACACGAUAUAACACAGUCAGACAGGAGAACGCAUGCAGGGAGAGCUCAACAUCAUUUUUACGCAGCUUUCACAUUGGUAAGUUGGCUAACAAUUGUCUAAUUCUGCUUCUACUAAUAGUUAUAUAUUUGUUUAAUGGUUGUAAUAUCAUUACAGCUUUACAUUCACUGUCAUUUCCAUUUCAAAUGGGAUAAAUGGCAUUAGAAGAUCGUUACACUGCCAUUGACUACUAUAGACGUGUCAACCCUCCCAGCCAAAAUGGGUUGGACGGCUAUCGUCGACAAUGGCAGCCUAUGAAACGAUUUUGAAAAGUGCAUUUUAAAUAGGUUUAAUAUUUAAAAUAAUUUAACACAUUAUCGCACAUCCUUAGGCUCAAAACUAUUUAAAUAAGUACUAAAAACUGUUUAAAUGUACGGUCCAUUAUGUCCUCCUAUGUUUGUAGAAAGAUGCAGUACUCAAAAAUACUAGCAACGUUUCAAUCCAAGGCUUUUGUCUAGUUUAAUCCACUUAACCAGUUUUCCCUCGAAAUACAAAAGAAGCAUAUGUUCCAUGGAAGAUUCACUGUGAAAGAUUAGGAUUGAUUUAACUUAACCCGUUCAUACCUGAAUUUACAUUUUACAAAUAAAUUGGAGGAAUACACAAGUGCAUAAAAAUAGCAUUGAUUUAAAAAAAUAAAAAAACAGUAUAGAAAAUUGCCUUGAAAAAGUACUGGUAAAAACCAAAAUCAAAACAAAGAAAUAAAAGUAAAUAUAGAAAGUUGUUUAAACAAACAAAAAAAAAAACCCAACUAAUUCCCUGACAUUGACAACAAUAGGCGUCCAAUUCAUUUGAACCAGGAGGGUUGUCUAUGAAUGCUUAUGUUUCAGUGCCAUUAAAUUUAGAAAAAAUUAAUGAAAUGAUUUUGGGUCUCUUCCUGUACAUUAUGGGGCCAUUCCUGUGUCACUUUGUGUCAAAAAUAAAUGAAAAUAUAAAAUACGGCUGUCAAACGAUUAAAAAUUUUAAUCGAGUUAAUCACAGCUUAAAAAUUAAUUAAUCGUAAUGAAUCGCAAUUCAAACCAUCUCUAAAAUAUGCAAUAUUUUUCUGUAAAUUAUUGUUGCAAUGGAAAGAUAAGACGGAUAUACACAUUCAACAUAAUGUACAUAAGUACUGUAUUUGUUUAUUAUAACAAUAAAUUUACAAGAUGGCAUUAACAUUAUUAACAUUCUUUCUGUGAAAGGGAUCCACGGAUAGAAAGACUUGUAAUUCUUAAAAGAUAAAUGUGAGUUUGUAUAUUGUGACUAAAUAUUACCAUCUAGUAUAUUUGUUGAGCUAAACGAAAUGUUUGAAUAGAGUUUGACCAAAGUCUGAGUAUUAUUUUGCAUAGCUAUUUAGAUUGGGAAUGUCAGUUCUCUUUGCAUUAAGCGCUUUUCUUUUUGUGAACUUUUUU